UGCAAACCUCCACCUUGUGGGAGCGAAUGUCGCACGGUGAUGACGGAACCCCCGCGACCAGGAGUCAGGAACCAGCUCCGCUAACUGGUUGUGAGCCUUGCUCUGGCGAUGGGGGACAUGAAGACCCCAGACUUUGAUGAUCUACUGGCCGCUUUUGACAUCCCCGAUAUUGAUGCGAAAGAGGCCAUUCAGUCUAACCCGGAGGAGCAGCGGGAAGAGGCUGCGACUGCCACAGCCGGGGACAAGAGCGGGACUCCCUCCUGCUUCCCCGAUCCUGCAGCCCCUCAAAGUGAGCCUCCUGUGGUCAGCGUGAUUGUGAAGAACACGGUGCGGUCAGAGUCUCUGGAAGAGGAGAAGUCUGUCAAGGACAAAACAGACAAUCUGUCAAGCAGUGCCUUAGCUUCUCAUGUUUCAGUCAAGUUAGAUGAGCUUACAUCACAGUACAGUCCUAAACUGUCUUCCAGUGCGGCCAUAGAUCCCCAGAUUGCCAAUGGUUUUAAGGAAGACGUGCCUAGCAAUCAGGAUCAGUUGAGCACACAAUCAUGGCCACGGACUUCACCUUUCAGAUCAACGCUAAAUGAUAAUGAGGAUGAUAAAGGAGCCAAGUCUGGAUCCGUCCAGGAUGCAGCUGAUAUCAUUAGUGGUUUAAAGCCCCUCCUGUAUCCUCGGCCUUCCACCACUGCUGGUACUGUCUCACAUGCUGCCUCUCCACCACCUCUGAGCCCUCACCUUUCACCUCACUCUCCUCAGAGUGAUGACGCUUGUCUUCCGAGCAAUCCAGUAUCCUCCCCUUUACCCCAAAAUGGUAGCACGAAAACUGAAAUCAAGAGUGUUAUAGACACAGACGAAGAUGAUUCAGAACCAGACUUUGGAAGUCCGCUGGUAAUUCAAGAGAGUCCAGAAUCUGUAACUUCAUCCUCUCCCAAAUUUAAACGAAGGCCAAAAUUACAUUCAGAAUUUCUUGGGUCUCCUGAUAAUACCUCUCCUCUUCCUCAUCCCCCUACUCUCAGUUUCACUCGAGCACCAGCACAAACUAAACCUCAGCAUGGAGAAGAUGUGCAGCCUACCACCAAAACUGCUUCCAUCUCAGCUCUAGAGCCCCACAUCCCACAGGCUUCCCUACCUUUAGAUUCAAGUUCAGCAGUGAUCCAGGAGGAGAAAUAUCCAGACCAUGUGAUUGAUGAGAGAGACUCCCCUGAGAGCCCACCACCCAGUGAAACAGGUCUUUUGUUAACCAAUAAAAGCAGCAAAACUGAUUUAGUGUCAGCACGAGGCCCAGCUCUGAAUUGCAGUGAAUUGCAGCACCAAGAGGAGCUCAAGGUAGAUGUGCACAGUCAAGAAGAUGAGGCUGGGGACACUGAAGAACCGAGUGAAAAGUUGGCUGGAGAUGGGGGAAAACAAAACGAGCAGAACUGCAAUGCUGACAGUGACGAUGCAAUGACUUCUAGUGUUAUAGAGUCGGUUUCUUCUCCGAUGCCACCCCUCAAAGUUAAAAUCAAAAUGCCUACCCGCUGCAUUACAAGGACUGUGACAAGUGGGAUGCCUAAAAGAAGCUCAAAAGCCUCUGCCAAGGAUGUGGAUAGUUCAAAGCCUUCACCAGAACGUCAGAACACGCGAUCCAAAAAGGAGCUUUUCCAUGAAUCUGAUUUGCCUCCAACAUUAGAAGGAGAAAGUAAGCCAAAGCCCAAAGUGUCCCCCACAGCAGUGAAUGUCACAAAAACGGCAGCACUGCCCACGGUUUCCUCUUGCAGAGUCAGCCCAGGUAAAAUCAACCUCCGAAGCUUGGGUCAAAAGACUCUAAAUAGCGGGAUGACCCUGCCGACACCUUUACCUCUGCUCCCCCCUCAAACCUGCAACAGGCCAGCGUCCAUAGUCAACAGCACUGGGGCUUUCAUUUCAAAGAGUCAAACCAACCUGGUUGAAGCCUUCAAUAAAAUCCUCAAUAACAAGAAUCUCCUGCCCAGUUAUAAACCAGAGCUGAUCUCUCCUCUUCCAGCAGAGUGGGGCAUUACACUUCCUGCUCAGGGUUAUCGCUGUCUGGAGUGUGGCGAUGCCUUUGCCCUGGAACACAGUUUGGCUCAGCACUACGAUCGACGCUCGCUGAGAAUUGAAGUGACUUGUAAUCACUGCGCCAAACGUCUGGCUUUCUUCAACAAAUGCAGCCUGCUUUUACAUGCCAGAGAGCACAAGGAGAAAGGCUUGAUCAUGCAGUGUUCACACCUGGUCAUGAAACCUGUACCUGUGGAGCAGAUGAUCAUCCAGCAGGAGCCACCAGCACUGGGCCAGACCUCUCCAAAACCAGGACCACAGUCACAUCAUGGUGCACCCGUCAAGAAAGAGUCAGAGGAUGUACAGUACACGAGUAGUAAAUGUCCUGAGUGCCAGGCUCAGUUUGGCAGCAGAGAGGAGGUGUUUGACCAUUUCCAAGAAAUAAAACCAGCUACUACCUUAAGUUUGUGUCGAGAGUGUUCUCCUCCCAUGCUCCUGCCCAACAGCUGCAGUGCAGCAGCACAUCAGCGCAUCCAUCAAGUCAGUCCACCACACGUAUGCCCCGAGUGUGGGGUUGCAGUCAAGCAGCCGCUGUUUCAAAAACAUCUGCAUGAGACCUGUUUGCACUUUUCACGCCGCAUUGGGUACAGAUGUUCCAGUUGCCUGGUGGUAUUCGGAGGACUGAACUCUGUGAAGUCUCACAUUCAGCAGGCUCAUUGUGACUUGUUCCACAAGUGCCCCAGCUGCCCCAUGGCUUUCAAAUCUGCCCCCAGCAUACAGACCCACAUUACUACUCAGCAUCCAGCACUUGCUGAUGCACAGACAAUGUUGAUUUAUAAGUGUGUGAUGUGUGACACCGUUUUUACACACAAGCACCUUCUGUAUAAUCACUUUGACACUCAUCUAACCAAUCAGAAGGUGCAUGUGUUCAAGUGCCCGCAGUGCACCAAGCUGUUUUCUCAGAGGAAUUCCCUGCUGGACCAUUACAAGACUCACAAGACUUCCACAUUAAAAGAAGAGUUGCCUUCGACUCCAAGUGCUUCCUCACGUUUACCCGUGAAGUUAGAAAGCUCUGAAGGAGAGGAACUGAUGGUUAAAGAGAAAGGAAGUAAAGUGAAGACUCAGAGGAUGAAGAUGCCUUCAGGAUGGAAGUGUCUCUCUUGCAACACACAGUAUACAGAACGGGAGGACUACGUCACCCAUAUGAGUGAACAGCAUGGCAAGUUUCUGAAGAAGUUUCCCUGCAACAAAUGUGAGAGCUCCUUCACCACCACGUCCAGUAUGAGGCGCCACAUCAGAGAUAAACAUAAAGCCAUGAACCGGGGCUUCCGCUGCCAGUUUUGUUCGGAGGGAAAGAAAACGUUCAGCAGCAGAAUGAUGUUGGAGAGGCACAUCCAGCUGAGACACAGUACAGGCCUGGACUCGGUGAUGACAGCUGAUGAGGCUGGCAGUUCAUCAGAACAGGAUGGCAGUUUGAAGUCUCACCGGAAACGUAGAAGAGCUGCUAAGACGGCGCAGAAUGAAGAGGGGACAGAUGCGAGGAGUCCAGCCAAGAAGUCCCGGCCCUCCUCUGCAGCUCCCGCUCCUUGCUCUGUGCCCGAGUCGGGCUUUAGCUGCGCCCCCUGUGGCUUCACCACAAAAGACAAGACAGCGUUCCAGGAGCACAUCAGCCAGCACAGGCGAGGAGGUGCAGAAGGUGGAGAUCUACAGUGCCUACAGUGUGGUGCCUGCUUCGCAUCCACCUCUUCACUAUCCCGCCAUCGCUUUAUCACCCACAAAGUCAAAGAUGCAGUCUCUGACAACCAACAAGCAGUCAGUGGGCACCCAUCAGCCUCCCCUGGUAGAUUUAAGAACCACGAUGACAGGAGUUGUGUAAACGGUUCUGCACCGGGUUCACCCUCAAGUCAGUCAUCCACAGGUCAGGUGAAGGAAGAGCAUGGAUCACUGACCUGUAAGGUAUGUGGUAAACAUUUUGAAAAGGCAGUAGAUCUGAACACACACUUCAGAACUCAUGGUAUGGCAUUUAUCAUUGCUAGGAACGCGGGAAAAACUACCUAAAGAAGACGAGGAAAAAUAAUGGAAAAGAAAAAUCUCCCAAGUUCCUUUUUUAACGUUGAGUCUUUAUUCAUGUGCGCCCUUGUACAUACUUAACCAAAGAUUGCUAAUCUGGAGUUUAUCAGUGAGUACAUUGUAAAACAGUCCAAGGUUACGUCUCAUAUUUGAGAUAAUCCUCAACCUUCUGAUACUCAGGAUCUUCUGCUGCAUUUCUGCGUUUAGUCAUAAAGACAUGAGAGCUACUUCCUGUUCCGUGGAGGUUUGGUUUCACAUCCACGUACUUGUUUGCAUGUAAAGAACCUUGAAUGUUCUCAUUCCUGCGUUUAUGUUGAAAACACUGAAAAUAUAUUUUUUAGAAGAUUAAAAUAUAGUAAUUGGGUUAAUAUUAAGUUUACCUUUAAUUUAUUGACAGCCAGUUUCCAAAAUGUUCAAUAUUUUUGAUUGACAACUUUAAUUUCAGCCAUUGACUUAGGUACAUUUUAGUGCACAAAAACAUUUAUUUUCUUUAGUUUUACUUAAUGUUUUUUUUAAACCUUUGAAAGCAGAGUGCUUUCUGUGAAGAGAAUUGUUUAAAUGCAGUCAGCUAGUUUCAAGGACAAUGCAAAGUAAAUGUAAACCCAUCCUCCAAAUGUUCACUGUUAUUGAUAUGUUUUUCAGGUGUGUAUUUGUACUUCAGUUGUGCUAGAAUGAGUGUGCACCAAUAACUCCCUGGAGAACAGGAAAAUUCUUAAGUUUGGGAAAUAGCUUAACAGUUAUGUUAUACACCCUAUUUAUCAGAAACUUUCAAAAAAAAUAAUUAAAGUUCAGAUUUAACAUGUAUGCAUUUACAUCAAAUUAACAGAUGUAUAUUGCUUCAUUCUCAGUGAGAAAUAGAUUUCACUCUAAAUCAUACUGUAUCAUAUAACUGUAAACUAAAGAUAAAUAUCUAUGUUUAACUUGUAUUAAUGACUCUCUAAAACGUAAAAGCACAUUUAAAAAUUGUAUUUCUUCAGUCUUCGGCACUGGUUUAAGAAAAAUUAAAUAACAGAGUUGCAUAACUGACUACAGAUUUGUCAUCUGAUGUUUGUCACCGUCAGCACAGAUACAUUGGUUUUACUGAUGCUUUCAUUAGACCUAUAAUAAACUCAGGAUGUCAGAACUUUUUUACAGGAUACAAAGAUAUUUUUGAGAAUCAAGGCUUCACCAUUUUGUAGAUGAAACGUACUAUUUUGUUGUUUUUCUUUUCUUCCCCAGUCAUUUUGUCUAUGUUCACUGUUCUUUUUUUUUUCUUAAAAAAAAAAGUAUAUGUAUUCAUACUGCCUCUUCAUGUGAAAAAAUGGUAAAUGGCUUACACUCAAAUAGCCCUUUCCAGCUGUACUCCUACAGCCCCGAAGCGCUUUACACUAGACAUUCACCCACACAUUCACACACCGGUUGUCGGCAGAGCUGCCACACAACGACGCUGGCCUGACUUUAUCGGGUUAUACCAGGUCUUGAAAAGAGAGAAAUACAACUACAGAUGGAUAGUUAACACAUUUUGUCGUUAUUUACUUUUCAUUCAACAUGCAGAAGCAGUUUAUAGAAAAAUGAAGUACCCCCAUGAUUUAGAGACACCUGAACUAGAAAUGCCUUUCAGUCAUACAUCUUCUGUAGGACUCUUUCAUUUGUUUGUUUUAAUUUGUGUAACAUUCACCUUCCUGAAGGUCCCUCCACUGUAUUUUAAACCAGGUUGAGGUCUGGACUUGGACUUGGAUGAUUGAAACACCUUGGUUCAUUUGUUUUUCAGUUAUUCUGCCAGCCACGCUUCCGUCAGUCUGCCCCAGGGCAGCUGUGGCUACAAAACGUUUACCACCACCAGUGAGGAUGUGUAUGAAUGAAUAAUGAUCUCUGUAAAGCGCUCUGGGUGCCUUGAAGGGGGAUAUAUAAAUCCAAGUCAUUAUUCUGUCGUAGAGGUGCUGGAGAUCACUGUGCUCUAGCUGCAAGGUUCCCGGGUCAUGUGAAUGUAAAAUGAGCCCAAAUCAACACGUCACCACCACUGUUGACAGAUGUGAGCUGGACAAUGAACCUGGCUGAUAAGUUCCUGCUUGGUUUCUUUUGAAGCAGUAAGGGUCUUCUGUGUUUUUCUAGGUUUUGGUUUAGUAUUUGCAGAAUAAAUAAUGAUGUUUAGCUGUUCAUGUGUAGCAUGUAUCAAAUGGUGUGGCCAGGUAAGGACAAGAUUGCUAUAUUUUCUUUCUUUUUGUUUUUGUUCAAUGUCCAGAAAUCUAAACCUCUGGGAUAUUUCUGACCACCAUUCGUCAGGAAUAUAUAUAUACACAAGGCUAAAAUCUAUGCAUUUUGGUUUCAUAAAAUGAUUAUCCCUUUAAUGUGCUGCUGCCAUCAGUGACUCGUGUUUCAACACCCGUUUUUCAGUUCAACCUCAUUUUCUUUGCAGUACAUUUCUCCUCUGUGUGAAAGAAAAUAAAAGCACAACAUGCCUUGAA